GUCAGAGCAUGCACCUUUUUUUUUAGGUGAUUAGAACUGCAUCCUGCCUGAUUAACCUCAAAAAUUCUAAAAAAUGAGGAUCUCUGCCUGAUAGAUUGGCUCCUGAAAGAAGGAAUUAUUUUUAUUUUUCAGCUCUAGAAUUAUUUUUAUUUUUUGGAGUAGUUUCUGAUUAAACUUCUUGGCUCAAGAAGAAAGGAAGGUACUUAUUUUUCACAUAGGAGUGGAGUUUGGUUUUGCCUUUCCAUGGCUUCCUGCCGUGAGUGGGACCCCAAGGUGCUGGUGGCCAUUGUGUGUGGACUGCUGACGACCACUGUUUUGGGACUGGGCAUUUGGAGGGCCGUAAUCAGGAUCCAGAGAGGAACAUUUACCAUCGAGGCAAGUGUCCCUAUAGAGUUCUGCAGGAAUGGUGGGACCUGGGAAAAUGGCAGAUGUACUUGUCCAGAAGAAUGGAAAGGAUUGAGAUGUACCAUCACUAAUUUCUGUGAAAACAGUACCUUUGAGGAUUUUACUUUUGCCAGAAUUCCAGUGGGAAGAUACGGAACUUCCUUGCAAACAUGUGACGAGAUCACGCCAAAUGCGGGCAGACCAAAGGCAACCCGGCUGUGCAAUAUUACUACAUAUGGAGAGAUAGUAUUAGAAAAGGUGACAAUAGGAAAUUGCAAUGAAAAUCUGGAAACCCUGGAAAAGCAGAUAGUCAAUAUCUCAAAAGAGUCUAACAAUAUUUCUGCUGAAGCCCAAAUUUUAACAUCUGAUGCCAAUAGAUUAACUCCUGACAACCUCACUUCUGCUACUAGAGUGGCUGGACAGAUCUUCAACGCAUCCAGAUAUGCUUCAACUGAGGCAAAACGAGUGACUGUUACAACAGUGAGUCAACUUCUAGAUGCCAGUGAUGACGUUUUUCAAAGAGCUGCUGCUGCUGAUAAUACUAAUAGCUUUGCAACGCUUGUUGAGCAAAUGGAAGAUUAUUCCUUGUCUUUGGGUAAUGAGUCAGUGGUGAGCCCUAAUCUAGCAGUAAAGUCCGUUAAUUUUUCUUCCAAAGACACUGUGGGAUCUACAGAUGUUCUCUUCACUGUGACGAAAGGAAGUAGUGAUUCUUUUGUUUCAAGUUCCAUAUCUGUGAACAUAAACAAGAAAGUGCUUGAACCAAAUCAACAGACUGAACUUCAGGUCUUGCUCAGCUCUGAAGGUAACAGUCAGGCAUGUGGCUUUGUAGUGUAUCAAAACAACAAGCUUUUCCAAUCAAAAACCUUUAAAGCUAAAUCAAAUUUUACUCAAAAAAUUAUCUCAAGCAGCACUAAGAAAAUUGAGAGAGCUCCAAGUACUGUUAAAAUGGUCUUUAGUCCAAAGUAUAACCAACAAGAAUUCCAACUCCAUUCCUAUGCCUGUGUCUACUGGAAUUUUUUCAUGAAGGAUUGGGACACAUACGGCUGUCAAAAAGUCAGUAGCACUGAUAAAUUCCUGAACUGCUCCUGCAACCAUACUACUAAUUUUGCUGUAUUAAUGAGUUUCAGAAAGACAUAUAAAUAUCCUGAAUCACUAGACAUAAUGUCCAACGUUGGAUGUGCACUGUCCAUUACUGGUCUGGCUCUCACAAUUGGAUUUCAGAUUGUCACCAGGAAAGGCAGAAAAACCUCAGUAACCUGGGUAUUGGUCAGUCUGUGCAUGUCAAUGUUGAUUUUUAAUCUCUUCUUUGUGUUUGGAAUUGAAAACUCCAAUAAGAACUUAAAGACAAGUGAUACCAGCAUUAAUGACAAUAAGAAUGAAGUGCCUACACAAGACAUUAUAGUCUACUCGAAUCCCACAUGCACUGUGAUUACUGCCUUGAUGCAUUAUUUUCUGUUAGCAACAUUCACCUGGUCUGGACUCAACGCUGCACAGCUCUAUUUCCUUCUAAUUAGGACCAUGAAACCACUUCCUCAACGUUUCACUCUGUUCAUCUCUUUAAUUGGAUGGGGAGUCCCUGCGGUAGUGGUAGCUUUGACAGUGGGAAUUAUUUAUUCUCUGAAUGGGAAUGAUCCACAAUGGGAGUUUGAGUAUUGGCAAGAGGAAAUAUGCUGGCUGGCAAUUUCAGCAAGCAAUGGCUUUAUAACAGUUCCAUUCUUGUUGUCAUUCCUUGCACCUGUGACCAUUAUUCUCAUCAGCAGUGUUGUUAUAUUUAUUAUCAUCACGGUCAAAGUCCUGUGGAAGAAUAACCAGAAUCUGACAAGCACAAAAAAGAUUUCAUCCCUAAAGAAGAUUCUUAGCACAUUAUCUAUUGCAGUCGUUUCUGGAAUUACCUGGGUUCUGGCAUACCUUAUGUUAAUUGAAAAUGAGAACGUCAGAAUCAUCUUCAGCUACAUAUUCUGCCUUUUCAACACUACUCAGGGAUUGCAAAUUUUUAUCCUCUACACUGUCAGAACAAAAAUCUUCCAGAGUGAAGCUUCCAAAGUGUUGAAUUUGCUGUCAUCAUCCACUAGCAGAGUGAAGUCGCUGCCAUCAGUGAUCUCAGUGAGGCUGAGUGACAGGAUGUAUAAUCUACUCUCAUCAUCUCCAGCCCUACGUGAAUACUUUAGGUUGCUGGACCCAUCUGUAGUUACUGAGGAAACAACAUUGUCUGAAAGUGACCAAGCAAACACAAGCAUCUAGAAAGUAUAACUGUUGCCUUUUGUGGUCCUCUUUUUAUUCAAUUUGAUGAGUUUUGCUUUUUCUGUUUUCUUCCUUAAUUACCCAGUUCUCCCAGAAAGUCACCCAUAAUAUAUUUUGCUCAAGGUAAGAAUUAGAUAAAACCAGUUGUUUAUUACCAUCAGGGAUAAUGGAUUCGGUAGUUUUUCUGUUUUUCAAUAGAUUCUUACCCAAAUGAGAUGAAGAAUUCUACCCAGCAUUCAAGAUAAUGUUAUCAUGCUCCUUACAACCUAAAGUCUAUGUGACAAGCUUUGAUAACAAUGUAAAAUCUAAAACAAAUUCUUUUACAAUUUAUUAAAAAUGAUGUGAGGAGAAAAAUGUAACUUCCUGAACAAAAUGACUCCUGAUUAACAUUGCAAGUAGUUGCUUGUAUGUGCCAUACCUUGACCCGCUGUUAUUUUAAAUUUGUAGAUGCUUGCUCAGACUUUCAUUUCCAGUUAAGAAUUCUGUAUCAAUGUAAGUUUUUGGAACAGGAUUUUUUUUUUCUGUUAAGAAAAUCAAACAUGCUUUGUGACCAGGGGAAUUGGCUUUGUAAGAAAUCGUCAGUGAGAAAUAGAAAGAUUGGCUGGUUACUAAAGUCUCUAGGUGUUUCCUUCCAGUUCUUGAUAUAUCUUCCCUUUUAUUGAUGAAAUGACACUGAGACUCAAAAAAUGAAAAGUUCGGCACAAUCACCCCUUAUGGCUUUUAAAAGACUGACAUACUUACUCAUGGAAUAUCAAACACUUGAAUUAUGAGUGGCUUCCUAAAUAGAACACGAUCCCCACUCUGGUGAGGAGCACUCCCUCUGGACUUAGGAGGUAAUUAGUCUUUGAAUUGCUCUGUUCUGUUUUGUCAUAAGCUAGGCGGCUGCUGAGUACACUGAACAAAGGGACUAACAAAUGUCAUGUGGGCUGCAGAACCACAUGACACCACAUUCUCACCGCACCCUAAAGAGCAUGUGUUUUUUAAUAGAAAUGAUUGUAAAUGACUGUUGAAUUCCUGGGCAAGCCAAUAACCUAUUGCACUGUAGUGUAAUUGAGUCCUUAGAAGAUAAUGGAAAAAAGUAAAGGGAAGAGGAUAAAGAAGACAAGCAGUUCUCAGAGGUCAAUGCUUUUAGUGGUCAUAUUAUAGUGCUAUCCCUAGAUGGGGGCUGGACACUGGGGAAAUUAUAAGAUGUGGUUGACCUACACUGUAUCCUGAAAUUUGUUCCAUGCAGACUAAAAUAAACCUUAAGUAA